AACCUUCUCCAAUACGCCAAAUACACCUUCCAAAUCCAACGCCGACCAAAGCACGCGGCGAGGCAAAUCGACGAACACAUGGCGGCCAUGGCCAUGGACCACGACCACGACCACGCCUCGUCGCCGGCGCCGCCCGCGAGGCUCCCCGCGCCGCCGUACCACCACUCCCCUUCUGCUGCUGCUGCUGCGGCGGUGGAGGAGGUCGCGACGCCGCCGCGGAAGUCCGCGGCGGGGGCGGGGGCGCAGAGGUCGUCGCCCAUGCCGUCGCCGCUGCAGCUGUCGGGGUGCUCGCUGCAGGAGCUCCUCCUGAUGUCCCCGCCGCCCGGGUCGGCGCGCCGCAACUGGUCGCGGCAUCGCGGGGCUGGGUUGGACGAGAGCCUGGAGAUGGUGGCGGCGCCGGCGGCGGGGACGCCGCCGAGGCGGAGGCGGCGCGUGGCCGCGGAGCAGUGCGCGGCGCCCGCGGUGGCGUCGCCGAGGAACGGGCGGAGGGCGAGGCGGAGGCUGGAGAAGGAGAUCGAGGUGGAGGACGACGCCGCGCGGAGGGCACGCAGGAGGAAGUCCACCCGGGCGGCGGCGACCAAGGCCGCGCCUGCGGCCGCGGACAAGGUGGCAACGGCGGCGGCGGAUAAGGAGGAUACGAGCAUGGCGUUGGUGCUGGCUAGCACCGAUGCGAUACGAGGUGCUGAUGCCCUCGAGCAGUCUGGGUGGGAAGAUCUCUGGGAAAGGAUCGUCGACUUGGUGAUGUGGAAGAAUGUGGCGAAAUCGGCACUCUGGUUUGGGUUGGGAUCCAUGUUCUUCUUCUCCUGCUCCUUUUCAAGGGAGAUCACCUUCAGCCCAAUCUCGGCGCUUUGUCACUUGGGUGUGAUGGUCUUGGGCUUAGCCUUCUUCAAAGAUUCCAUUCCUCAGAGCAGGCAGCAGGUAGAGAGGGGAAGGAGCUUCAGAUUGACUGAAGAUGAUGUGCUUCGUGCUGCACGAGCCGUGUUGCCAGUUGCAAACUCCAUGAUAUCAACUGCACAAGUGAUCUUCUCUGGUGAACCAUCGAUGACUCUCAAAGUAUUACCUGCUCUUCUGUUUGGUGCUAAAUACGGUAGUCUGGUUACAGUAUGGAGACUUCUGGCCACAGGGUUUUUCACCAGCUUUACACUCCCAAAGCUUUAUAGCUGCUAUUCAAGCCAAAUUCAUAAGAGAGUUGAAAUUUUGAGAGAUCGGGCUCUAGAAGCAUGGAAGUCUUGUCCCCGCAAGAAACUCGUUGCGGGUACAGCAGUGACAAUGUGCUGGAACAUGUUCAGUGUGAAGACCCGCAUCAUUGCAGCUUUCAUUUCGGUAGUAAUCCUGCGGUAUAAUCAGAAGUAUCGCAAGGCUGUGGUGAAUGCAGGAGCUGAAAGCUGUCAAGAUGAACAAGAGCAGAAAAUGGAGAUAGAAGAAUCAUAAAUAUGAUCAUUUCUCUGUAAUGAUCUGCUGUUCCAUGUCUAGUGGUUCUACUAUUUCUUUUCUUUCUCCCGUAAGAGAGGUUGGAACAUGUCAGGUCUCUCGAAUGCUUCUAUUAUAGUGAAGCAAUCAGCGCCAGCGCAGUGCUGUUGUAUGUAUGCUGGUAAAUAAAUUUCAAGUAUCUGCUAUGUUUGCGCGGCUUAAUCUCAA